GCUCAGAGCCGCCCGCCGCUCAGCCUCUCUGCUCUCUUCUGCACCUCCUCCUCUUCUUCUUCCAUCAGGUCCAUCUGUUUACUCCUCUCCUCCUCCUUCUCCUCUCUCUCUGUGUCUCUCAUCUCUAUCCUGGAGGAAACAGGAGGAAUUUCAAAACUUUUCUUCUCUUAUGGAAGUUUUACACGCUCCUCUGUCGGUGCUGUCGUUUCCCAGUUUUUCUUGGACUCUGAAGUACCGUCAGGUGACGCAGCAGAUUUGUACUGACAGACAGUGAAGGCACCACUGAAGCCUCCUGGGACUCUCAGUGUAUUUGUUGUUGUUGUUGUUGUUGUUGUUUGUAUGCGUGUGAGCGCCCCGCUGCAGGCGUGAAGCUGAACCCAGAUCAGAUCAGGAUGGAGCUCAAGGAUUUCUGCCUGACAGACGAUGAUCACUUCGCCAGUGCGCACCGGCUGCUGGACUCUUCCUCCCCGGCUGAUGAGGCUCCGUCUCCGUCGUCGUACCUGCACUCGUCUCCUCUCAGCCCCUCCUUCCCGCUCUCCUCCCCGCCCUUCAUCACCUCCCACCCGCCAUUCCUGCUCAGCCCGGCCUCCUCCUCCUCCUCCAGCCUGCUGUCCGGGGCCCCGGACCCCGACUCCCCGACGGGCUCUAGCUCCAGUGGCGGAAGCGUCGGCCGUGGCAGCGGUGCUGUGGCGGAGCCCUCGGUGCGAUUCUCGCCGUCGCAGGCCGACUCGUUCUCAGCGCAGGUGAACUCCAUCCUGCGGGGCGACUUCCUGGCCCCCCUGGGGGCCCCGGGGCCCAAGAGGCUCUGCCUGGUGUGCGGUGACUUCGCCUCCGGAUACCACUACGGCGUGGCAUCCUGCGAGGCCUGCAAGGCCUUCUUCAAGAGGACCAUACAAGGCAACAUCGAGUACAGCUGUCCGGUGAUGAACGAGUGUGAGAUCACCAAGCGGCGGAGGAAAGCGUGCCAGGCCUGCCGCUUCCAGAAGUGUCUGCAGGCCGGGAUGAUGAGAGAGGGUGUUCGUAUGGACCGAGUGCGAGGCGGCCGGCAGAAAUACAAGAGGAGGGUGGAGACUGGACCCAGUCUGUACGUCAAAACGCCAUACACACUCCCUGCCAGCAGAAACAAGGUCAUCUCCCAUUUGCUGCUGACAGAGCCCUCCCCCCUGGCUGCCAAUCAGGAUGAAUCGACCAAUGACGGCAGCCUGAAGACCCUGCUGACCCUCUGCGACCUCCUCAACAGGGAGCUGCUGCUUCUGAUUGGCUGGGCCAAACACAUCCCAGGCUUCUCCGGGCUCUCAUUGGUGGACCAGAUGUCGCUGCUGCAGAGUGGCUGGAUGGAGGCGCUGCUGGUGGGCGUGGCCUGGCGCUCCCAGCGCACGGGGGACGAGCUCGUGUUCGCCGGGAACCUGCGAUUGGACGAGGCUCAGUGUCGCGCCGUGGGAUUGGCCGAUUUGUACGUGGCGCUGCGUCACCUGACCUGCAAGUACCAAUCGAUGAAUCUGAGCCAGGAGGAGGUGGUGACGCUGAAGGCCAUGGCUCUGGCCAACUCUGACGCUGACCCGGUGGACUGUGCUGACUCGGUCCAGAGGUUUCAGGACGGCCUGCACGAGGCCCUGCAGGAGUACGAGGCGACCCAGCGGGGGGAGCAGCACCGUGCGGGUCGCCUGCUGAUGAGCCUGCCUCUGCUGCGGCAGACGGCCGACCGGGCCGUGGCGGCGUUCCUGCGGCUGCACCGGCAGCGCCGCAUCCCGCUGCACAAACUGCUGCUGGAGAUGCUGGACGCCAAGGCCUGAACCUGAACCUGAACGCCACGCCGUCCGCCUCGGCCCCUCCGUCCAGCUCUGCUCGGCCCUCACACACGCACACAUACACACACACUCAGUCAAACUCUCCAGAGUUUUCAUUCUACAUGAGUUUCCAAGUUUUCCAUAAGUUAGUUUCUUACAUCAGGGUUUAACCAAAAUUUGUUAUGAAAUUUGUGUUAAAUUUGACUCUUUUCAUGCCAGCGAGCCCCCAAACUCCUUCAACUCAACGUCUCCUCCAGAGCCGUCGCUCCUGUCAGGGAGGACGAAACUGAAACGGACUAAAACUAAAACUCUUCACUGAAAGCAGGACAUGAACACUGUGAUAAUAAAACAUGUUGCACUCAGUCACAAGUUACCAGAUGGAAACGUCUCAUUCGAGUCCGUUCAGGUCCUCAUACAACUGGUACCUUCUACAAUCAAUAUGAAAUCAAUCAGUCCAUCAGCAGCAUAUCAGACUGGCGUUCAAACUGCUCCUGUUUGCGCUGAAUGAACCUGAACUCUUCGUAUCCGUGGAAACUGAAGCUGAACUCUGGGGGAGUUUUUCUCAAGUCAAGCAGUUUACAUUUAUAUUUUAUUUUUCUAACAAAAAAAAAAGCAAAAAUAUUUUUGUGUGACUGUAUGAUUUGUGUGUGCGUGUUAGUUUUAUAAAAUAAACAUUACCAAUUACGACACGAUGUAAAGGUGAUACAGGAGGUGUAGAUGUGUAUAUUUCUCAUAGUGACAUCACCACCUGGUUGCUAUGGUAACAACCAUGGGGCAGAGCAGUUACCAAACUCUGUUCAUGUGUGGCUUUUAAUGCCAGUGACACAGAAAAUCAGCUUUCAUUUCAGUUUAGUAUUUUUCAGUUUGUGCUUCCGUUGAAGACAGAAUUGACCCAUCAACACAGAGGUGGCCGCCCGACGGGGCAGCACGCCGCCCAGCAAACCAUAUCUUAAUUCUUUGUUUCUGCAUAUUUAUGUUAAUUCUGUUGAAGACAGUUUUCUUCAGUCAGUACUUUACUGUUGUGUUCUGAGACGACGCUGCACACAGCGGCAGCGCUGAAAGCAGGAAUCUGACAUUUCGUAGACAUCAGGCGUCUGGAUCCUGCCCGUGUCCAGUUCAUAGAUCUUCUCCUUUAUAUAUAUAAUUAUUAUUUUAAACAGAUGGGAUGGAGCAGAACGGUCUUGCUGGUCUAACACUCCGAGACUGGAGUGUGACGUUAGCAACAGGGUUAGCACAGCGUUCGCAAAGAGCGAGCCUCUCCUGGUUCCUGUUUUGCUCUCCUUUUUUUUGUUGUAAAAAUAAACAUUUCCUGAUGUUU